AUGCUGAAGUUGUCUAAAGGAACAACCGAGAACACCAAGAAAGUCACAGUCAAUUUGUUACCUUGCUCCAUCCAGCAUGACGGGACUGUGAAUGCCGCAGAUCGGUACUGGAAGCCAGAAAUCGCGAAGGGCAAGAUAAAAGCCGCCAACCGGUAUCAGGGCAUCAUCGUUAAGAAUGGAGGUGUCCAUGAACCCUUAAAUCGACAAUGGAAUUCUGAAAACGGUGAAGAGGAGGACGAUGGAGUGGGAGACAUCCGAUCGCUUCACGAAGUCGAAUCCUUCGAGCACGUCCAAUUGUGGGAACAUGAAGCUCAAGUGGAGGGUGACGACGCAUUUGCUAAAGGUCUUAGUGAAUGGAUUGGGUUUGCUGAAGCAGUAGGGGCCCCCAUUCAACACCGGCUUUCGGGUUUAUAG